UCACUUGAACCCUUUCCCUUUACCCCGCUUCUUCUCUUUCUUUCUUCCACUUUUCGUUUCCCAUGAGAUCUUUCUUGGAGUGUGUGUCAUGUUGGGGCACGACGACACAUGAAGUGUCGAUGGAGGAGGUUGUGACGGUGGCGGCGAGGGAGGAGGAGGAGACAAAGUCCUUGAUGCCUGCAGGUACCACGGCAGCAUCGAGGAGGAAGACAGAUAGGGUAAGGGUGAGGGUAGGGUCGACGGGGUCUGUGAAUCCGCAGUGGAAGCCCUCCUUGUGUUCCAUAACGGAGGAUAACAUCAUGACGGAGAACAGAAAGAAAACACCCUCGGAAACGCCGCCGAGGACCGUAGAUAGAGUGGUGAAGAGGAAGAGCUCUUCAGGGCCAGGUUCUAACGUUCAUGUUCGAAGCUAUAGCAACGAGACCGGGCGAAAUCCGGUGGCGGUGUUCCUACCCACGUUUUCCCCUACACCUUUCAUGUUCUGAAGUCUUUGAUAGUGUACAGAUAUAAUGGUAUGGAUGCAUGAAGUGUUGUAAAACAUGCAAAUGUUUAGAAUCCAAUUAAGUGGUCUUAGUGUUAAAGAGGAUA